UCCCGCUGUGUGUGUGCGCUCUCUACAGUAGAGGAAGGACAGCUGCGCUCAGCGGCGGAGGAAGGAACAGAAUAAAACCCAACUAUACAAUGCGUUAGCCCCGGGCAAUGGCUCGUCCCCGACCCUCCUUCUAGUUCACUCUGCGAGCCGCUCCGAGGUCAACAUGGCGUGAGAGAAACCGUGCGGGAAAUAAGUGCGAAACUGUCAGGAGUUACUCGUCGCGGCGGACUCUGCUGCCGCUGCCUGGAAGUUUUCUGUUGUUUUCCAGUCGUGGGGCCCCGACGGUGGCGUCGGCGGCGGCGGCUCUCACCCCUGAGCGGUGUCCCGGUCUGCCCAGCCCCAUGCAAAACCUAACGGCCCCUGGCGGCCCCGGCAACUCCAAUGUCACCUGCUCCUGCAACUGCACCGCUUCCCAGCCACAGGGAAUGGAGAUAUCUGAACUGGAGUUUGUUCAGAUCGUCAUCAUCAUCGUGGUGAUGACAGUGAUGGUGGUCGUGAUCAUCUGCCUGCUCAACCACUACAAGCUCUCCACCUGGUCCUUCAUAACGCGGCAGAGCCAGGCCCGCAGGCACGACCAUGCCCUGCAGCAGGACGGGUGUCUGUGGCCUUCAGACAGCAGCUCUCGACAAGGUGCCUCAGAGGUGUUGUACGCUCCCCAGGCCAGGGAUCGCUUCACCGCUCCCUCCUUCAUGCAGCGCGACCGCUUCAGUCGCUUUCAGCCCACCUACCCUUACCUGCAGCACCAGAUCGACCUGCCGCCCACCAUCUCGCUGUCGGACGGCGAGGAGCCGCCGCCCUAUCAGGGGCCCUGCACCCUGCAGCUCCGCGACCCCGAGCAGCAGAUGGAGCUCAACCGCGAGUCUGUGAGGGCGCCGCCCAACCGGACCAUCUACGACAGUGACUUGAUCGACAUGGGGGGAGGCGGCUGCCUGUCAGGGGUUGGGGGAGGAGGGGCAGGAAUGGGAGGAGGUGGCGGCCCGAGGCCGCCAAGCAGUAACUCGGGCAUCAGCGCGGCCAACUCCAGCAGCCACGGGCGCAUGGAGGGCCCCCCGCCGGCGUACAGCGAGGUGAUGGGCCACUACCCCGGCUCGGCGUUCUUUCUACACCAGCACAGCAAUAACCAGAGGGUGGGGGGGCCGGGGAGCAGGACGAUCCAGCAGCAGAGCCAAUCAGAAAGCACAAUAGUACCUGCCAAGGCCAAGGACGGCCAGCCGGAGGACCUGGUGUGAAGAGAAGGGUUGGGGGGGGCGCCCACCCCAGACUGAAAUCUGCCUCUCCUCUUCACCCCUGAUCCCCUGUAAGCAAUGGUCUCUCUGUCGCGCUCUCUCUCUCCACACUCCCAUGCACAAUUUAAUAUCCACCAUAGAGACAACAAGGAAACAGGAACAAGAGUUUGUUUUUUUCCAAUGAAAGUCAUUCAAGCAGCUGCCACUGCGGGGCAGAUGUCUGCACUGCAUGGAGAGUUUUUCCCCUCGACAUGAGAAAGAAACUGCGAACACAGAUUGAAACAAUUUGCGCUUUUUUAUUUUCUUGUGUCCCCGGGGAACUGAGGAUGAUGUUUUUUUUUCGGACCGGGAUCUGUGCACAAAGCGAACACUGAGAAUCAAGAACUUAGAGAACACAGCAAACCCAAAUCUUAGUGCCAAGGUUCACGAGGAAGCAAAGUGUGCGGGGGGGAGGGUGGGGGGGGAUUAAAAACACACACACACAAAAAAGAAAAGUUAUCUAAAAGUUGCACUAUCUUUUUGUUGUAAAAGAGAAGAGGGAAAUUAUGCUAUGUGAUGAUAAUGAUGUGUCUGUUUUUCUCCUUUUUUUUGAUUUUUUUUUGGUCCUUUUCAUGAAUGGAUUGACUGACUGAACGUUGCCUCCAAAGUCGUUUAAACAGUUGGAAGCAAAGAAAACAAAAAAAACAACAACAAGUAUUAUAAGCUUAUGUCCUUCCGUUUUUUGAAAACAGCAAGAAGUCCUCGUACCCAGCCUACAGCAUCUCUGCUUACAGCACAGUGAGACUUAGUAAGAGAACCUGGUGUUCCAAUAUCUGGAGAGGGUUUCCCGAACCAGAUCAGUUCCUGAGCUCUCACAAAGAACGAGAGCUGCUCGGCGAGAUCCGACACGCUCCGUGCUACAAAUCAAGUUAAGCAAGAACAACAUAACUCCAUAACAGUAAAAAAAAACAUAUCUAAGUGUCCAUCCAGCAGCGUGAUCACAGCAGACCUUCUUCAACUCUGUCCCCCCGACCUCUGAGCACCUUGACACUUCCUCUUUCCUGCGUCCUCCUCGUCGUCGUCCCCCCCACCCCCCACCACCACCUCAUCUCCUCUCACCGCUCAUCUCGACAUGCACAGUUCAUUCUGCCAACAGCCACCCUGAACACAAACUCCCUGCCGCCAUGACAGCGAAACACAUAAAAAAAGAAGUCUUCACGUUUCUAAAGCCACACACACACACACACACACACACACACACACACACACAC